AUGGGCCUUCGCCGAACGGGCGCCGCCUGCAGCGUGCGAGGCUAUUGUGAAGAGUCACAGGGGCCUGCCAUGUGCCUGGAAGGUAAUUGCUUUUGCCUUGAAGGGUCGGUCUUCCAAAAUGGCAAAUGUCAAGAGCCUGGUGGCGUCGUUAGUCCAGGAGGUCCAACGGAAGCCAAGGAGGUCAGUUCGACCUCCGGCGAAAUGCUGACCACCACAGAAGAACCAGAAGAUGAAGAGGAAGAGGAAGUAGAUCCGGAUUGUGGCAUUCCAAAAGCUGGCUCGGACUGUUUCAAGAAGGUGAAGUGGGCCAUGAGUGAUGGCAUCUAUGCCAACCCAUCCUGGUACCCUGGCGUUACGCCACAGUCUCCCUUCACCAUGUUUCAGGACUCCUUGUACCGCAGUGGCGAGGGUGGCUGUCCGCGCCCCUGUUCAGGUGGUUUGCCGCCGGAUCCACUGCACUAUCCCACCUCUGUGCUAACCCGGAAGAUGCGGGGCAUCAAGCCGCCCAAGCACCCCUUCGAGUACAACGGCAUCGAGUGGCCCAAGAUGACGAUUCGAGGGACGAACACCCAUGUCUUUGCCGUCGGGGAUUGGGGCGGCCUUGCCGGGACCUUGCCACACAACAGUCAGAUCAUCCAGUACAAAGGUGGACAGACCAUGGGCCCUCACACCAUGGGAAGAUAUCGCACCAACGCCAAGACGCACGAUUUGUCGUGUACCACUCCUGAAAUGGCUGACUGCUUUGGCACCAAUGGCACUGAUUGCCCUGCACGCUGUGGCUGGCUGAAGGAUGUUGAUGUCCCUGCGCAGCACCUAGUGGCAGAUCAGAUGAUCAAGAGGGCCAAGGCCAACAACCCAGACUACCUGCUGAACGUCGGGGACAACUUCUACUGGGGCGGUAUCUUUGGCAAGUGCGGUGAGACGCCAAUGUCCAAGGUCAACGAUGUCACCAGGGCGCAAUUCAACUGGAUCUACGAAAACGUCUACAAGGGCCCCGGCCUGGACGGCAAGCCCUGGCUCUCGGUGCUGGGAAACCACGACUGGGGAGGCCGCGAGAUGGACGCAGCCUGGGACCAACAGAUUGCCUACACCUGGGUCAGCAAACGAUGGGUGCUGCCAGCGCCCUACUGGAUGCAGACAGUGGACUAUGUGGACCAGGGCUUUACGGUGGAGAUUUUGAUGAUUGAUUCGAACAUCGAGGAUGCGGACGAAGAUACCUCCGCGAAUCCUGAGCACAACAUCUGUGGUAAGUUGCACAAUCCUCCUGGCUCCAGUUGUGCAAAGAUUGGUGGUCCAUCCAGUAUCGAGUCGUGUCACGACUGGUUCCAGAAACUCUGGGAUGAGGGCGCGACCUGGGCCACUGAGAAGCUCCAGAAGUCGGAAGCGCAUUGGCAGAUCAUGGUGACGCACUUCCCUUGCGGUCACAAGACGAAGUUUUACAAGGAGAUGCACUUGAAGUAUGGUCUGGAUCUGUUGGUCACGGGCCAUGCCCAUUAUCAGCUGAUGUAUUGGUCUCCUGAGAAGUUGGGAGGUUUGAAGUGCUUCAUCACCGGCGGCGGCGGCGGCAUCACCUCGGAAAACAACGUGGAGGUGGACAACCCCGACGACCAUCAGCCCUUUGAAAGCGAGUCGGAUGUGGAUGCGCUGAGGUAUGGAUUCUUCGAUCUCACCAUGACAAAGGAGUCCAUCAAGAUUGAAUCCAUCAAUUGGAGAGGGAACGUCAUCGAGACGGAGACGGUGGAGCCUUAUUUGGGCACCGAGACGCGCAAGGCGGAGCUGGAGCCCUGUGUCAUUCCGAAGCCGGGCUCGGACUGCUACAAGGUCAUCCAGUGGGCCAUGAAGGACGGGGGUUCACCAUGGACCCAUUUUUGGGGGCUAAGACACCAGCUGAAAAACAUGGGAACAAAAAUAUAUAUAUAUAUAUGGGAAUAUCAUGUCAUAAAGAUUUUUUAA